AUCCUUGUUUCUCACCGAAAGAAACGGAAGAAAGAAGGCGAAGUAAGAGCAGGCAAGAAGAAAUGUUGCAGAGGCCUAGAAGAAGGUGCGAGGGCACUGCUAUGGGAGCUAUCAUUCUUGAUCUCCGUCCUGGGUUUGGAAUCGGGCCUUUUAGUCUUGGGAUGCCGAUAUGCGAAGCAUUUGCUCAAAUAGAGCAACAACCUAACAUAUACGACGUGGUCCAUGUGAAGUACAUUGAUGAGGAGCCACUGAAGUUGGAUAUCGUUAUUAAUUUUCCGGAUCAUGGUUUCCAUCUUCGCUUUGAUCCUUGGUCCCAGAGGCUUCGCCUCAUUGAAGUUUUUGAUGUCAAACGACUUCAAAUGCGUUAUGCCACUUCUCUGAUAGGGGGACCGUCCGCUUUAGCUACUUUUGUAGCUAUUUAUUCACUUUUUGGUCCAACAUUUCCGGGGAUAUAUGACAAAGACAGAGGGGUUUACACUCUUUUCUACCCGGGGUUGUCCUUUGCCUUCCCAAUUCCGACUCAAUAUACAGAUUGCUGCCAUGAUGGGGAAGCGGAGUUGCCACUUGAGUUUCCAGAUGGGACCACUCCAGUUACAUGCCGUGUCUCGAUAUAUGAUAGUUCUACUGACAGCAAAGUUGGUGUAGGAUCUUUUAUGAAUAAGGCUUUAGCUCCUCCAUUACCGUCUGGCAGUCUUUACAUGGAAGAAGUGCAUGCUAAGCUUGGGGAAGAGCUAUGGUUUACCAUAGGUGGUCAGCAUAUUCCUUUUGGUGCAUCACCACAGGAUGUGUGGACUGAAUUUGGUCAUCCUUGUGGAAUUCAUCAAAAGCAGGUUGACCAAAUGGUGAUUCACUCUGCAUCAGACCUGCAUCCGCGAACAACUCUAUGUGGGGAUUAUUUCUACAAUUAUUUCACUCGUGGUCUGGACAUAUUAUUUGAUGGGCAGACACAUAAAAUCAAGAAGUUUGUUUUGCAUACAAACUUUCCUGGACAUGCAGACUUCAAUUCAUACAUAAAAUGCAACUUCGUAAUCUACAGUUCUGACGUUGGAGGACAUUUUGAGGAAGGAAAUGCUCCCAAGACCUGCAUUACUCCGAGCACAAAAUGGGAACAAGUAAAGGAGUUCCUUGGGGAUUGUGGGCGAGCUGCAAUACAAACACAAGGAUCGACAAACAAUCCUUUUGGAUCUACUUUUGUGUAUGGGUAUCAAAAUGUUGCCUUUGAGGUUAUGAAAAAUGGGUAUAUUGCCACUGUAACUCUCUUCCAGUCGUGAUGAAAUUUCACUGGGGAAUGCUUGCAUUGUGUAGAGUCAUUGGUGUUGAAGCAGUGUUUUACUAAUCGUCGUCAGUGCAACAAGCAUCAAUGGUAAUUGUACAUAAAUAUCUAACGAUAAAUUGUACAGUAAUGAUAAUUCAUAUUGUAUUUGAUUGAAUAUCAUCUGUAAAUAGAUAUACAAUGGAAUAUCUUUUUCCUG